GAACGAAGAGCUCCGUCGAAACGGUUCCAGGAUGGACGGCGAGCGCGCCGGGAGCAUCGUGCGCUCGCUGCGCGGCGCCACGGGUGACGUCAAGGGUUACUACGGCAACGACUUGAAGACGGCCGCUCAGCUGCUAAACCGCGUGCUGCGCUACGAGAGCCGGCAGGCGGGAUUCGAACUCACUGCGGCGAAGGAUGCGGAAUUCAACGAGAAUUUGGUUCGAGCCGGAAGUGCCAUACUGGACCCGGACACGAAAGCGCACUGGGAGCAAAUCCAGAAAACGGACGGCGGCACUGCCCACCUUCUGCGGAAUUUUGAGGACUACGCAAACACUCUUGCGCGGAACGUGAGGAAAACCUACCUCAAACCCUUCACCAUUGUGACGGACAACAUGAUAUUCUCCGUGGACUACCUGGACGUGACGGACCCCCGUAAGGCCACGUUCCCCCGCUUCCACGACAUUGAGGAGGAAUACCCGGAAGAGCUCGAAUCCUCUGUGCACUUCCCGCACUUCAACCUCCAACGCCAGUGGCCCCGAGUGGAGCCCACAACGGCGCCAGCAGCCCAGACCGGGACCUCCCCGGCGGAGGGUCACACGUCGUACGACAGGAGCCGCCGCCACCUCGUGCCGGCUGUCCAUCUCCCGGUUGCCGUGGUGAUAGUGUACAAGUCACUGGGGACGCUGCUUCCAGAAAGAUUUGACCCGGAUCGCAGAAGUCUAAGGGUCCCGAACCGCCCGGUGAUCAACACGGCAAUCGUCAGCGCCGCCGUACACAGCGAGGGUCCGCCUCUUCCAUUGAUUUUGGACCCUCCCAUCACGCUGGAGUACUCGCUGCUGGAGACGGAGGAGAGGACCAAGCCCGUUUGCGUCUUCUGGAACCACUCCAUUGCGAUCGGAGGGACGGGCGGUUGGUCCUCCAAAGGCUGCGAGGUGCUUGAGAGGAACAACAGCCACAUUAGCUGUCAGUGUAACCACAUGACCAGCUUCGCCGUGCUCAUGGACGUGUCCAAAAGAGAGCACGGCGACGUUCUCCCCCUGAAGAUUGUCACCUACGCCACCGUGUCCGUCUCCCUGUUCCUGCUCCUGCUCACCUUGAUCCUGCUGUGUCUGCUGCGCCGGCUGCGCUCCAACCUCCACGUCAUCCACAGGAACCUAGUGGCGGCGCUCUUCUUUUCCGAGCUCGUCUUCCUCCUCGGCAUCAAUCAGACCGACAACCCGUUCGUGUGCACAGUCAUAGCCAUCCUCCUUCACUACUUCUACAUGUGCACCUUUGCGUGGAUGUUCGUGGAGGGUCUGCACAUCUACCGCAUGCUGACGGAGCUGCGCAACAUCAACCACGGCCACAUGAGGUUCUACUACGCCAUGGGCUGGGGCAUCCCGGCUAUCAUCACCGGCUUGGCCGUUGGCCUGGACCCGCAGGGUUACGGCAACCCGGAUUUUUGUUGGCUGUCCGUGCACGACACGCUCAUUUGGAGCUUUGCGGGACCCAUAUUCGUCGUGGUUUUGGUGAACAUUGUGAUCUUUAUCUUGGCCGCAAAGGCUUCCUGUGGUCGCAGGCAGAAGGCGGUUGAGAAGUCAGGCGCCAUCCCAGCACUUCGAAUGGCCUUCCUGCUGCUGCUGCUCAUCAGCGCCACCUGGCUGCUGGGCCUGAUGGCGGUCAACAGCGACGUGCUGACCUUCCACUACCUGUUCGCCGGCUUCAGCUGUCUGCAGGGCGUCUUCAUCUUCUUCUUCCACAUCGUCUUCAACAAAGACGUAAGGAAGCAUUUCAAGAACGUCUUCACGGGGAAGAAGAACUUCCCCGACGAGACAACCGCCACGAGGGCCUCUUUGCUCACACGCUCCCUCAACUGCAACAACACGGACGACGGCCACGUGUACCGCGCCGCCGUGGGCGAGUCCACCGUCUCCUUGGACAGCACGCUCAGGUCAGGAAAGAGCCGCAGCAGCUACCGGGCUUACGCGCUCUGGAGGGAGGAGUCGGGCCAGAAACCCAGCGUCUCAUCCGGAACGGCCAAAGGGCACACGGAUCUCGACGGGCCUCUCUUCCACAGAAGUGGCUCCAAGGCAGACGAUUCCGACUCGGACAGCGAGCUGUCGUUGGACGAGAACAGCUCCUCCUACGCCUCGUCGCACUCGUCGGACAGCGAGGACGACGACAUGGACGUCAAGCCCAAGUGGAACAACGAGAGGCAGCCGGCUCACAGCACGCCUAAAGUAUCCAAUCACGUGAUGCCGUACUGGCCGACGGACGCCAACACGGCCAGCGACAGCGAGGAGCCCGGCGCUCCGGAGCGCCUGCGUGUGGAGACCAAAGUGAAUGUGGAGCUCCACCCGGAGAGCAAAAUCAACCACAUUGUGGACCGGGGUAGGCUCGAGACCCCUCAGGACCAAGACAAGCACGUGGCCGGAAACACCAAGGAGGCCGUGACGGCCACCGGUCAGACUAAUAGCAACCACCAACCCGAACAGAGAAAAGGGAUCCUGAAGAACAAGAUCAGCUACCCGCCCCCCCUGACCGACAAGAACAUGAAGAACCGUCUCCGGGAGAAGCUGAGCGACUACAAUUCGCCCACCAUCACCUCGCCACCGCCAAACUACAACAUGGCAACCUCCCCGUCCCCAACGUCGGUCAACAUCAUGGCGCCGUCGUCCCGCCGGCCCUCGCUGGCCUCCAGCGACGGCGGCGGUCGCCCCGGCAACAACGGGUCGCUGGUCAAACCGGCCGUGGCGCCACGCUCGCAGAUCGCCGUCGCCUCAUCGCCGGCGGGCGUCUACCGCGACACUAACGGCGGGAUGGCGAUGCACUUGAAGUCGGCGACGGUCAACGGCAGCAACGGCACAGAAGAGGACAUCCAGACCAGCCCACCAUUAUGAGAAGAGGAGACCGGACCCUCGGGAGAGACCCACGAGUCCGGAGAUCAGUAUUAACCCAAUUCGAAGGAAAGAAGGAAUGAUAAAGGGAACAAGAGGGAGGAGGAGGAGGAUGGAACCCGGAGUGCCAAAUGCAUCAAAGGAAUAAAAAUUGGGGGGCGGGGAAGCAGAGACUCGAAAGUUGAAGACACGCCCCCCUUGGUAUGUAUUGCAAGUGUGACUGGUAGGAAACACGUUGGUACAUUAGUCCCAUAGGAUUUCAAAAGAGGCAAAAAAAAAGUGCUCCUUUUGUUUUACUUUUGAACUUGGGGUAAAGCUCUCAAAUUUGGUGAAAAGAUGGCGGAAAAGCAUCUACUUUUUUUUUUUUAAUCAAACUUGAACAAUCAGGAGAUGAGCGUUGAGGCCUCCCAAAUGCGUUUAAAGUUGAGAAGAAAGAGCACUAACGGAAGGAUGGAAACACUGAAGCACUAUAAAGCCGUUUCUCACAUUUAGCGUGAAGAUUCACGAUGGAAUUCUCCAGUUUGAAAGACCAGAAUCCACCUCGCAGCUACUCUUUAAGUUAUGUUUACCACUCACAAGGGUGCCUUCGUCUUGUUUCCGCCUGUGUGAUCAAUAUUGUUUUAAGACGUGGUUAUUUUUGUAACGUUGGGACACUGGAAAUGUUUUGUAACAUAAUGUAUAUUUAUUUUUUACGGUUCUAAGACACUGGAGUUAAGUCUGACAAAUUAAAGAUGUUGACUUUGUACUUAA